GGCUAUCUCUGUGCAGUUUACCAAAUCUCUGAAGCACUUUGGGGAGGAAGAAGGGAGGAUGCAGCCCGAUGAGUUCUUCGGGAUCUUUGACACCUUCUUGCAGUCGUUCAGCGAGGCGCGGCAGGACCUGGAGAACAUGCAGCGGCGCAGAGACGAGGAGGAGAGGAGGGCACGAAUGGAGGCCAUGCUCAAGGAGCAGAGGGAGCGGGAACGGCGGGCCAAGAAGAGCGGGGCCUCAGACGAGGUUGGCGGGGAGUUUGACGACCUGGUGUCGGCGCUGCGUUCCGGCGAGGUCUUUGACAAGGACCUGAACAAAUUCAAGCGGAACCGCAAGCGCUCCGUCAACCAGCUGGUGGAGGGUGGUGGCCGCGAACGGGCCGUCACCAAGGUCAACUACUAGGUCAGGGGAAAGGAAGGAAAAAACAAACAAAAACAAAACUCUAGACACUUAAAUUCUGCCGCGGUGUAGAUCUCCUAACACCUUUAAGUCCAGGUCCUCGAACAGUGACCAUUGACAUUGGACAGAAUGUAAAUAACGGCUAGACUGAACAUGUUGAGGCAUGUGUGGACAGCCACGCUGCUUUGAACGAUACCCUCCUCGGAUUGGUCUUGCGAAGCGGACCCCAACCCGUUCGUCCUGGACGUUGUGUGAUCUCCUGAGCCGGGCGAAGGACAGUUGGCAUCCAUGGAUGGAUGAACAGACCACUGUGACACAUCACCCCAUAUCUUUUCAACAUAUCCUCUUAACACUGUGCUCAAGCUUCCAACCCUGUUUUCCCCUCACAAACCUCUCAUUCUUCCUCUGUGAGGUCCUCGAGGCUGGAGCUGGAGCUGGAGCAGUCCUACCUGGCUCUAAAACACAUAGGACUCCGGGAUCAGCCCGUCACACUGUACAUAGACUUGAGGCCAAGCAAAUGGAUUGGAUGAAGGGCUUUCGUCAGAUUCCAACUGAAAAGAGAAGGUGGGAAGAGUGGAAGUAGUCCCUACCAUCCACGGUCAUGGUUGCUUCCAGUGUCCCACAGAAAAGACACUUCUCAGCCCAGUAUCAACGGGUAUUCAUGAAUUGCCUUUACUGGAAAAAAGGGAUGUGCAGUCGGCAAAUCCCAGAAUGCUUUGUAGGCUUCUGAAAGAGAGAGGAAGGGUACAUGCUUCGUCCCGACGGCCACACAGCAUUCCCAGAAAGGACGUAUGCAACACCCCGGGCUGCAGUUUUUCAGAGGAUACAACUCGUCUCAAGGAAAACCAACUCCUCAUUUUGAUCCACCUGACAAAGUGAUGACUGUGCCACAAAGGGUCGAGCCUCGCAUCCACCCGUCAAUGGUUUCCACACCGCUCUGGCAUUAAACCAGUGCCAAAGCAAAGAGAGGACAAAUGUAUUAAUAUGAAAACAUAUUGCAAUUAGGUGUUGAUAUAUAUUUAUAUUUAGAUGCAGACAAGCUAAUUGCAAAGAUUUAGUUUUUUUUAGUUUUUUUUUUUAUGUUUUCAUGGCAUUUGGGGGCUUUUGUACACGCAAUGCAUUAUUUGUCGGUGUUGCAAGUUCACAUCGGUGUUGAAGUGAAUUUAUAUACAUUUUGCGUAUAUACAACAGAAAAAACAAUAACUGCUUGUCCUUUUCACACCUGUACGUUUUGUUUGCACUGUAGCUUUUCUGACCAACUUCACACUCCUCGAGCCGACCACGUGGACCCCGCAGCAGCGGCCAAAGGGAAGCUGUACAGCGGUUCUCAUUGGGCCUCUAGUGGUUACCUGCAGGGUCUGAUCCACUGGUGCUAAAACACGCCUGGCUCAAGGCAGAGCCACCGGCCCAGUUAAGGGUUUCUCAAGUUAAACUAGUGCUUGAUCCAGGCUCAUCGUACGGGGCUCCUGUGUGUUUUUUUACUCCGGUUGGCAUGGUAACACAUCCGACUACACCACGGGAUGAGUGUUUUAUUGCAAAGUGAGGCCACAACAAAGCACUUAGAGAUUGAAAUUCAGUGGGAGCCUCAGAGAGCGUCAUAGAAAACAAUCCUUACUUCCAUCUUUCCUUCCAGCUUCUCUAGACCCCGUUACUAUGUGCAACCUGUUGCCAACCAAGGUCACUUUUCCUUUUGAAAUAUUCAAUGUAGUAUGUUUAUUUUAAUUUUUUAAUUUAUAUAUGCAUGUCUAGAGCCUUAGCAGAAGGCUGACAAAGGCUGCGGUGUAAAGUAUGUGCUCGCCCUCAACAACAUUUCGAUGGUUUCCUUGAAGACGGACAUGCAGUACAGGGUAGCUCACGACACAGAGGGGGCUCUAAUCUGGGCUCCGCUGUGGUGGGAACCACUCCUGGUCCAUCCUUAGGGAGACGAGGAAGCAUCAUGGGGCAUCGAGUGAAAGUGUGGAUGGGUUAAAAAAACAAGAACGUCUUCAGGAAAGCAGGUAGAGGCCAACCACACGCACAUGAAGUUUGUAUGAAAUAUCCUGUGAUCAUCCAGUUUGUUGUUAGAAAAGCCAUUUUUAGUCAGUCCAUCUGCAUUGCCUGGUUACUUUAGUACAGCAUAGUACAGCAACACGUGUGAGCUCGCCAGCAACACGGUAGGAAGAGGAGACUUUUCGGAGCAAAUUAAGAACUGGACACAUCCUCUGUUUAAUCUUCCUGUUGUGCAUGUUUUAGCUAAGGCUUCGUGUUUUGGCGUUCGCCCUCACCAACAUGGGUUUGAGUUUGAAAUCACCUCAUCCCCUUCCUUCAGUUUGUAAGGGAGGAGUGAAGUGGUUGUUCUCACAGUCACAGAUCAACACCGAGGAGUUAAAUUAGAGACACGUUCCCUCUGCACGUGGUUCAAUGAGUGCUCGGUGGGUUUACAGCAGUGUUGCAAAACACAAGAAAAAGACAUUUCCGGUGUUGGAUUACUCAUCGUCAUUUUAUAUUUCAUUUCCAGUGUUUCCGAACAGAUAAACCCGUCACUCAACACCCACUACUGUAUGUGAUUACUGCAGUGGUGAUGGCUCUCCCAGUUUGUCUUUAUUCUUUAUUCUUUUUUCUGUUUUCACACAUGUACCAUUCCUUUUUAUCAUGUUUUCAGUCUGGCUCUCCCAAAAGAAAACUGCAGUGUUCGCAAGUGAUAUGCAGGUUGGAAUUAGACUAUCUGGCGCCAUCUUGUGGCUUAAGACAGUCACAAUGUGACUCUCGACCCCCAACAGGCGUACCUCAUUGUGAUCAGAGAGGGUUGACCUUCUACCUGUACAGAGAAAAUUCUUUUUUGCCUAAACCGUUAAUGAAACCUCCGGUAAGUGAAGUGACCACAAUGGGUCACUUCACAGAGGAACCUCAUCCUAUACCUGGGGUGUAGUCCUUUCAUUUGUCCUCAAACGGAAGCAGAGAGAAGCUGAAGUGAGGUUGAAGAGACAACGUGACACUUUAGAGAUUAAACCAAAUCUAUUCAAACUCCCACACAGCCCUGAGGGGGAAAUGACGUAUGAUUGCCUAUUCUUUAACCAGCAUCUCAUGAGCUAUUGGAUUUCCUAACCUCCUCUUGUCGUUCCAAAUAAUCAGAGUUAGCGUACAAGACUUUGGCAGAGCAUUUAAAACUCUUAAUCCAGAGCUUUGACCCCGUAUUGUAGUGCAGACUAUUUACUGAGGGGCGUUGAGACAGUCAGUAUUAUCACACGUUUAGGUUGUUACAUGUUUGGAUGUUUAUUUCGGCCAUUGACUGGCUGAUUGCGGAGUGUACAGGGGGAAAUCAGAGGAAUGAAAUUAAUAGCUUGUUCAAUGCACUUUUAUUAUGGGACUUUUCCGGCACCAUUGCGAGGGUUUCGACCCCCCCCUCUAGAAAUGAGAUGGGUGCAACGAAACGAGUGGUGCAAAAAAAAAAAACAUGGUGUGAAGAAGAGGGAAAACAUGAUGGAUGGCAAAGGUGGGAUUGGUGGGGACAUGGACACAAAGAGGAGAUUCUCCUGUCCUCACCCGUCUGAGUCACCUGAUUCGUGUGUAGAAGGACAAAACGGGGGAAGGGGGGGAUUUUUAUCCGCCACAUUUCUGUCACAUCAUGCACUUGCCGUGGACCUGGACGCCUGAAGAAUUGUGCAGAACUUGUGAUGUGUUGACUUGCAGUACAGAACACACCUGUUGCACCACAAUUUGUACUGCCUGAGAGAAGUUGCACCCGGUUUCAGAGGCUGUGUGAGUGCGAGGACUCGGUAUUUUUACGGUUGGAAAAAAAAGUAUCCUCCACCGAAAAGAUGUACAGUUGGAUAAAAAAAAAAGACGCAUUUUGUACACCAUUCUUGAUGUUUGAGAUAAGAUUAAAAAGAAAAAAAACAAUGAUUCAAACAUUGAGGAAUGUUCCAUUUUCCUGUAAAUUGUACCUCUAUUUAUUUGCCUUAUUUAGUUUGCUAUAUUUUGUACGUACACACAGCAUUAUAUUAAAAAAUAUGAAUAACUAAA